AUGAUGGAUCCAUGGAUUGAAGGGGGUCAAGGCGGACAACCUGAGAAGCUGAACAUGUGCAACGGCUCUUCCGCUAGAACCAGCAAAGGAGGAGCCACGGUCUUUCUUCGUCCCGUAAACCCGGAAGAAAGUAAUGCUCCAGUCGACUACCAGAUCACUCUUCAAGAACAUCGCUCUGCCGGAGCGGAGGGGAUCCAUUUCUCUAUCAAAAGGCCAGCUAACGGGCCAUUAGAACAAGAGCAGACCCAACCCUGUCCCGUAGAGGCCUUUCGGGACUGUUGGGUUGAAAUACACCCUGACGGCGACCUGACACCCUCGCAGCACCGAGACAGAGUCCCUCCCCUCCACCGUUUCCCGCUCCAGAAUCUCACACGCUGGGAGGAUCUCGAGGACAUCUCGCCCACCACUCUAGCCAGCAUGAAGCUGAUACCUGAUCAGAAUAACCAUGGCUCAGUAAACUGGAAGUUGCGGCUUGAUGCGUGCGAAACGGGCAUGAUAGGGCGGCGGAUGUCGAUUGUUAGUGCGACGGGUCUGAGAGUUGCCGAGGGGGUUAUUGGCUGGAACUGA